AUGAAGUUAACCGGUCGUUUAAGCUUGCUACCGAUAUUUAUCCUCCUUUUCAUACUUUCUCCACCGUCCCUUCUUUUCGAUUCUUUAAGGUCUCCCCAGGCACGCUCGGAUUUUGCCGAGGCCACAAAGACCAUUAUAGAUGUUCUUAGCAGCGAUGAACGUUUUACCAAACUAAUUCAAAGUCUACAAAGGACUCAACUCAUUUACUAUGUAAACCACUUGAAAUCUGUCACCUUUUUUGCCCCUGUAAACGAGGCAUUUGAAAACCCCUUUAUAACCAAAGAAACCAUGCUUUAUCAUAUUUGUCAGCAAGAGAUCAAAGGCGAAGAACUGUACGACGGACAACUUUUGACGACUCUGUACAAGAUAUCCGAUAAGCUCGGAGAAGGUGAGAUAGGUCAAAAGGAAAGAGUCGAUUUUUCCGAUGGAGACGAGAGGGAAAUAUACAUUGGAAACGCAAAGAUCCUUGAAAAGAACUUGCAAGCUGAUAAUGGUAUCAUUCAUGUAAUCGAUAAAGUCUUGGAGGUUCCAAUGGAUGCCCUGACAACAUUAUCUUCGCUUGAUCAGCUGCGGCUCUUUGUUAAAUAUCUUCGCAUGACGAGACUAAGUGAUCACAUCGAGAAUGGGAAUCACAUAACCGUGUUCGUCCCGACAAAUGAUGCUAUCAACCAUCAAUUCAAAUCAUACGAGAAGGAAUAUUUCGUUGGCGAGUGUGGCGGAGGGCUUCGGGACCUAGAUCUCCUUGCCAAGCAUCAAUUGCAUUCUGACAAUGUCAUAUAUUCUUCAUCCAUUGAACGAGGUUCAUCAAAAAUUGAAACCGAACAAGGGGAACCUUUGGACGUCGAACGCGAUGAGGGUAACAAUAUCCGCGUCGCUAAUGGUUUGAUUACUCUAAAAGAUUUAUUGGCCGAGAAUGGUGUUAUUCACGUCGUCAGUAAUAUCUCUGCUCCACGUGAAAUUUUUUUCAAUGCCCACAAAUAUCUUUGCGGACUGAGAGCCACCAAAAUGGUGGCUGCAUUCCUCAAAUAUGAUCAUAAACAUUACAUCGAAAACUUAACGGCUCCUUACACGAUCUUGGCUCCACAAAAUGAAUAUUAUGAUGAUAGCGUGAUGGGACGCGAAGCUUCGACAUAUCACAUUAUAGAGGGAAAGUACAAAGUUACAGACUUGAAAGACAACAUGUUUGUCAAAACUGAACUGAAAACUAAGAAGCUAUUGAAUCAUAGACAAAGAACAAAAGUGUCGGUCAAUCCAAAAUGGGAGAGUGACGGGGUGACUCGCGUUUAUGUUCGCUUUAAUGGUGUGAGCGUUAUGGGCGAACCAGUUGAAAUCGGAAAUUCCAUCAUUUAUAUAUUAUCCAAAACCCUUUCUCCACCUGGUGAUGUUAUGGCCUUCGCCAUGCGCGAAAAACAAUUGAGCGCCUUUGUUAGCGCCGUAUACGCUAGCGAUAUGCUGCCAACAGUUCAAACCAGCGAAUGGGUGACCAUCUUUGCUCCGACUAACAAUGCGUUUGUAAAGUUGGGACUACUCACCAGCUAUCUGUUACAUCCUGACGGUAGAGACGAUCUUCGUGAUGUCGUGGAAUAUCACAUGCUCAACGAAUCGGUAUACACCGAGGAUAUCCCACAAGGUGAAUCCAGUUACUGGACAAUCGACGGUGCUUCGUUGAAAAUGAUUCGGGAUGGUGAUAAAAUAAGCGUUAAGAUUGCUAACGGUACUGCGACAAUUGUUCAAAGUGACGUCCUCACCUCAACCGGCGUUCUUCAUGUCGUUGAAUCUGUGCAAUUACCUCCAACGUUGCAUAUCACCCUGGGAAAGAUUCUAAAGGGGAUCGGCGCCAAUACCAUGAUGGAGCUGUUCAAAAUUGCGAAUCUUUCCGAAAUUCUAGAUGAUCCCAUGGAACCAUUCAUCGUUCUCUCACCAACAGAGGACGCCUUCAAAAAGAUCAACAUCACAAAGAUGAGCAGUGAUCCUGAGUUAUUAUCUCGUCUGCUCAGACUGCACAUCAUCCCUGCGACCGAUGACCUUGUAGAAGGCGCGGAAUUUCCAACUUUACUGUCCAACAAUGCCAAGCUAGUCGUGAGGAGAAACAUACUACACGGCGGUUACGAUAUAGAAGUUAAGGGAUACUAUAGUUUAAUAGAUAGGGCAAGGAUAACCGGUACUGGAAGGACAUGGAACGGUGGCGCCGUUUAUGAGAUAGACAAGGUCUUGCUACCCGAGCAUAAUUCCGCACAGGUUGGGAUGAUGUUCUUUGGACUUAUUGUCGGAACAUUGUUAGUCGCCGUGUUCAUAACUACCGGCGGUGGACUAGGGUACCAUCACUAUCGACAAUAUCAACGAAGGAGGGCUGGCUAUGAACCGAUAUCAUCGUAA